AUGUUCCUGAUUGAACUGGACUACCCGACGACCGAGCAGGAAGAGAUCGAGAUCGCACGCAGCACGACGGGCGACCCGCUGCCAACGCUCGACCCGCUGAUGGACGCCGACGAGAUCAUCCGGCAUCAAAACCUCGUUCGCCGGAUUCCCACGCCGGACCACAUCUACGCCUACGCGGCGCGGCUGGUCCGCAAAACACGGCCGAACCACGCCGACGCCCCCGACUGGCUGCGGCCGUUGGUGGCAUGGGGUGCGGGACCGCGGGCGGUGCAGAACCUGAUCCUCGGCGCCAAAGCGCGGGCCGCGCUACAUGGGAGUUAUAUGGUGCGGCUGGAGGACCUUGAAGCCGUCACGGAUCCCGUCCUCACCCAUCGCAUCAUCACCACGUUUGCCGCCCAGGCAGAGGGGAUCGACGCGAAGGGGGUCGUACGACGGCUCGUUGAAGAGGUGCUUGCUCGCCUUGCGAGCGUGCCGCUGUUCGCGCGUCGCCCAAUGCAUGGAAACGUCUCGGGCAAGCACCGCAGCCCCCACCGGGGAUCCAGCGUUGAGUUUGCCGAGUACCGGAAGUACGUCCCCGGCGAUGACCUGCGUCGAUUGCACUGGCGGGCGCUGGCGAGGACGGGCCGGCAGUACGUUAAGGAGUUCGAGGCCGACACGAAUCUGCGGUGCUGUUUCGUCGUGGACACCAGUGGUUCGAUGCGUUUCGGCUCGGGCUACGAGGGGGGCCUCUCGAAGAUCGACUACGCACGCCGCUUAGCCGGCGCACUCGGUUACCUGGCGGUGCAGCAGGGCGACGCCGUCGGGCUGACGUGCGUUUCGGACACGGUCGUCACCAGCAUCCCUGCACGCCGGAACCCCGCUCACCUCCGGCACGUCUUCGACACGCUUGAGAAGGCGAAGCCGGCCGGGGGGACCCGACUUGUGCCGGUCCUGCACGAACUGGCCGAAACGAUUCGGCAGCGCGCGCUCGUGGUGAUCGUCUCGGACUUUUUCGUACAGCCAGACGAGCUGCGAGAGUGCUUCGAGCACUUCCGAUUCCGGAACCACGACCUGGCGGCAUUCCACCUGCUAGACCAGCAGGAGUUGGAGUUUGAUUUCAAACGCCCGAUGCGGUUCGUCGAUCUGGAAGGGGGAACGAGCAUCCUCGCCGAGCCGACCGAGAUCGCUAACCUGUACCACAAAGCGCUCCAGUCUUACCUGACGGCGAUCAAACAAGCCGUCCUGGAGACGGGCGUCGACUACCACGCUGUGCAGGUCGACGAGCCUUACGACAAGCCAUGGCUGCUCUGGGCGUUGCCGAUCGCCGGGCUGCCGAUCCUCAUUCACCUGAUCAACCAGCGGCGCUACCGGACCGUCGAGUGGGGCGCCAUGCAGUUCUUGCUGGCGGCUAACCAGAUGUCUCGCGGCUUUGCCCGGGUCCGCCAGUGGCUGAUCCUGGCGAUGCGUGUGCUGGCGAUCGCGGGGCUGCUCUUCGCGAUCAGCCGCCCUCUGGCCAGCGGUUGGCUUGGUCUGGCGGCUGGCAGCAAGACCGACACUACCGUGGUCUUGCUGGAUUGUUCGCCCAGCAUGCAGAGGCAGGAGGCCGGAGUCUCGAAGCUUGACACGGCCCGUCGGCACCUGGCCGACGUCCUUUCGACGCUAAGCUCCAACCGCUGGGUGCUGAUCGACAGCGCCUCGGAAACGCCUCUCGAACUAGAAGCGUCAACCGACUUGCUCGAGUCGCCUCACGCAACCGGCGUCAGCGCCUCGGCCGACCUGCCCGCGAUGAUGCAGUCGCUAUACGACUACAUCAAGGCCAACAACCCGGGCCACACCGAGGUGUGGAUCGCUUCGGACCUCCGUGAGAGCGACUGGCAGAGUGACAGCGGCCGUUGGACGUCGCUGCGUGAGGCGCUGCUGGAGUUCCCUCAAGAGGUCCGGUUUCAUCUGCUCAACUACGGCGAUAACGCCGCCAACCCAAACUCCCCUCCCAACUUGUCGGUCCGCGUGACCGAAGCCCGACGGGUCGAGGUCGGGAGCGACGCGGAGUUGCUCGUGUCGGUCCUGGUGACGC